UGAUGGGAAGGAAUUGGCAGGGCCAGUCUCUGUCAGUGGAAGCUGCUACCCGCUCUGGAGGCAGGCUGGGCGGUGGCGCCCGAAGCUGGCAGAGGUGGACGCCAGCGCCGGGCUUUGCCCGCUUCUUGAAGAUGAAGAUAUCGAAUAAUUGAGAGGGCAAGUAAUUUAUUUGCCCAAGGUUUCAUACUGUGAAUUCCGUUGGACAAUUGAUGAUAUUUAUCAUUGUGCUCAGUUUCUACAAAUAAAAGAUGGGUGGAUUAUUUUCUCGAUGGAGGACAAAACCUUCAACUGUAGAAGUUCUGGAAAAUAUAGAUAAGGAAAUUAAAGCAUUGGAAGAAUUCAGGGAAAAAAAUCAGAGACUACAAAAAUUAUGGGUUGGAAGAUUAAUUCUUUACUCCUCAAUUCUUUAUCUGUUUACAUGUUUAAUUGUAUACUUGUGGUAUCUUCCCGAAGAAUUUACAGCAAGACUUGCCAUGACACUCCCAUUUUUUGCUUUCCCAUUGAUCAUCUGGAGCAUAAGAACAGUGCUUAUUUACUUCUUUUCCAAGAGAACAGAAAGAAAUAAUGAAGCAUUGGAUGAUUUAAAAUCCCAGAAGAAAAAAAUACUUGAAGAAGUCAUGGAAAAAGAAACUUAUAAAACGGCUAAAUUAAUUCUUGAAAGGUUUGAUCCAGACUCAAAGAAAGCAAAGGAGUUUGAGCCGCCAUCUGCUGGAGCAGCUGUAACUGCAAGACCUGGACAAGAGAUUCGUCAGCGAACUGCAGCUCAAAGAAACCUUUCUCCAAACCCAGCCAGCUCUAGCCAGGGCCCUCCUCCACAAGGUCCAGGAUCUCCUGGACCAGCAAAGGACACUUCAGCCCCUGGUGGACCCCCAGAAAGAACUGUUACUCCCGCCCUAUCGUCAAAUGUGUUACCGAGACGUCUUGGAUCCCCUGCUACUUCAGUGCCUGGAAUGGGUCUUCAUCCUCCGGGCCCACCUUUAGCAAGACCCAUUCUCCCCCGAGAGCGAGGUGCUUUGGAUAGAAUUGUUGAAUAUUUAGUUGGUGAUGGUCCACAAAACAGGUAUGCCCUUAUAUGUCAGCAGUGCUUUUCUCAUAAUGGCAUGGCUUUGAAAGAAGAAUUUGAAUACAUUGCUUUCCGAUGUGCCUACUGUUUUUUCUUGAAUCCUGCAAGAAAAACCAGACCCCAGGCCCCAAGACUUCCAGAGUUUAGCUUUGAGAAGAGGCAGGUGGUGGACGGCCCAAGUUCAGUUGGUCCCUUGCUCUCAGGAAGUGUGAUUUCAUCAGAGAAUCAGAUCAGUGAAGAAUCUGUAGAAGAACAAGAUGUUUUUGAUAGUACUACAGAGCAGACAGAGGACAAAGUAACAGAUACAGAACAGACAAGCGGAGUGACUGAAGAAGCAUCUGGCACAGAGGAACGAGAGGAGAAGGAAGAAGAGACCGAGAAUGAGGAAACUUCAAUGAAUGAAGCCAAACCAACAGUUCCCGGGGCUGAUUCUAUUCCUGAUCCUGAACUAAGUGGAGAAUCUUUGAUGACAAUGUAGUAAAUUCUUCCAUGUGCCUUCAACUGGAUAUUUGUAGUUUUGUUGAUGUCAGUUACUGCUUUUUAGGUGGUGCUUUUUUUUUUUUUCUCUAAGGAUAUGCUUGAUAUCAUUUGAAUUCAGAUUGCCUAACUUUCAAUAUGUCAGGGUUAUAUCUACUAGGUAUUAAAACUAAAAGCAAGUGAUAUCAGUAAAGUAAGAUCCUUUUGAAUGUACAAAGACCCACACUGUUUAGACAGCUUUUAGAAAAUUUUUCCAUUCUAAAAUUAAACAAACCUGAUAGCAUUUUUGUUUUCUAUAUGUGUGACCUGUAAAUAAUAUCCAUUUUGACAUAGGAAGAACUUUGGUUAGGAAUAAGUUCUAAUAGUGUUUGUUUUAAGGAAUGAAACUCAAUUAAGAUUUUUAAUACUUCAUCAUUAAAAAUGGAUAGAAUUUUUACUCUCAAGAUAUUUGCCGGGGGAAAAAUGUCUAUUUAGGCAUUUACAUUAAGCAGUAUGAAAGUUUUAACUGUAACUAGGUAUUGGUACAAAUUUUGGGUAAGAAUGCAGUUGAAGAGUCAAGUGCAGUGUUUCUUUUUGAUGUCUCUUAUUUUGCAGCUGGGCCAAAGGCACAUAAUGUAUAUAAUUAGCUUAUGUUUACAUAAUAACAUAUAGGAAAUAUUUCUGCCCUUGACUGUACUUGAAUUCUGAGCAUUAUUUAUAUUUGUAAAAUAAUGGUGAUAUUAUAAGUGAAUUUUGUGCUCAUGUGUGUAUUUUGUUAAGGAAAUAAAGAUGAUCUGGCAGUAAUUUCUUUUUGUUAAAUAUCUAGACUUCUUCAGACAGAAUCUUGGUGAAUGACAGCUACCUGAAAAAUCUUAGGAAAAGCUCACAAUACGGUAAAUCUGUCGAUAACUGCUGAGGGCAAAUUAUGAUGCUUUUAUGGAGACUUGUUACCUUUUGAAUUCCGAGUAGUGACAUUUAGAGAUUCUAAUCAGAGAUUUGGUUUUCUGAUUCAGAAAAUCAUACGCCAUUUGUAAUUUUUAAUUUUGAGAGAUAUAUAAGUUUUGUGAGAAUAGGCAGUUAGUUACUGGUAGUUCAUUGGAUUUAAUGUGUAUUAAAGAUUUACUGGGAAAAAAAUUUGACCCAUAAUGGUAAUUCUUGGACCUUAAAUACAGUAUGGUUAUGUUUUCUUUCUUUUAUCUCUCAUCUCCAUUAUUAAAAAAAUUGAAAUCAAAUUAUUAUGACAAAAGCAGGGAUAUAUAGGAAUGGUGUAUAUAGCCAAUAUUUCUAAGUUGUACAGUUUAUUAAAAAUUUAAUAAAGUUACAUUUGUUAUUUAAAAUUCAUGUAUCUGUUAAUAGUCUGAAGCAUCAUGGUAUAGUGACCAGAGUUUUUGAGAUUACAGAACUGGGCUUAAAUUCCAGCUCUGAAGUCUUGGGCAAGUCACGUGAUCUCUCUUAAGACUGUUUUUUUUGUUUGUUUGUUUUUUUGUUUUUUUGUAAAAUAGGAAGAAGAAUACCUAUUCUUCCUAUUUUGGGGAUAUGAGGAUGAUUAAAAAUAAUGUAUGUAAUGUGCCUACUUCACUGCCUGAUAAUAGAUAUUAAGUAAAUUGUAGUAUUUUAUAUUAUUGAUAACCUUGUGAAAUAUGAAAGAGCUGUAAAUUCUUCCUCUUGGAGAUAAGUAAAUGAAAAAAUAAUAUGAGCAUUUAAUUCAGCUGCUCAGAAUCAAGCCAUUGUGUUCUGCAUCAACUUCUAUCACACACAUGUGUAUAGCUUAUACAGAUUAAGGAAAUACGAACCUAAGACUAUGGAAUAUAAGCUCUAUGGAAUAGCAUCUUUUUUUUAUGAAUUUCAUCAGAUUUUAGUAACACCUUGCUCAUUCUUCUUGUUAUAAAACACUCAAAUUCUGGUGCACAUUGCUUGAAAAUACCGCAGAGAAAUAUAACUUAGUGAUAUAAUCAAGCAAAUAUUAUGAGAAUUAUCUUUGAAAGAAAUAUAGAAGGCUAAAAGGGGAUUAGUAAAAUGAAUGUAACAAGUAGCAUGCCAUAAUCAUAUAGUACCCUUUAAAGUAGAAAAGUUUAUUCUGAUGUUGUUGUAAUAAACAGUUAAUAGUUGAAAGAGUGGUGAAAUGUUUUAUUUCUGAUUAUUAAGGCUAGUACAA